AUGGGUUUGGAAACGAUCGAACUUAUGACCAAAGUGGGUCAAGUCUUGGCCAUUGGUCCCCCGAGAAAUUGUCCCAAAUUUCCCCAAAAAUUCUACAUUUUAGUAAUUUUCACAAGUCAGUGUUUCUUUGCUUUGGUGUCAAUCGUCAAGAAUGAUUUUUUCCAACAGGAUAAUGUUAUAAAAAUGACAAUUGCGUACAUUAUUGAAAUUUUGUUGGCGGGGUUUGGGUUUUACGUCGGUAUUGUUCUGAAUUUUGCUAGGAGGAGGCAAUGGUUUGAAUUAUUGGAAGGUUUUAGCACUGUUGAGGGGCCAAAAAGUUUGGCAAAAUUUUAUUGUCUCAAUUUUCUAUAUUUUGUUCUGACCACUGUUUAUGUUUAUCUUUGGUUUGGUUACGCCCAGUGGGAUUUUUUCGUGCGUUAUGGCUUCAGAGAGGUGCAAUUGUAUUAUCAGUUUUUCUACAAGCUUUUUUUGAUUGAAUUAAUUGGUUUGUUUUUGGCCGAGUAUCGAAAUGUGAGUUUGGUUUUGAUUAAGUUCUUGAAACAUAGAAGACGGCUUCAAAACAUCACGUCUAAAGUUCCUCUCAGACUUGUCAGACAAACAACAAAGAUAAUUUUACGUUUGAAAAAUUCCGGCAUGAUUUUCAAUCAUUUAUUCGGUUGGCCUGUGGCCAUAAUCCUGGCUUUCACAACCUUGCAACUUCUCAAUUUAACUUUGUACAGUUUUUCAAAUGUGCGAGUCACGACGAUUGAUUCCGUUGUGUUUUUCCUCAUUAAAAUUACAACAACAUUCAUUUGGACAAGCGAAUUCAUUUUAUUGUGUCAUAGAGUCACAGAAGAAGGCAAAAAAAUCACAGAAUUAAUUUAUGACGUUCGGAAACACAUUGCAAAGUCUAGACCAGAAGAAAGAAAGGAAUUGUACGAAUUGACCGAAACUAUUGCGGAAAAUUUACCCGAAUUUUCCGCCGCUGGUUUUUUUGCCAUAAAAAAGAGCAAUUUUUUACGAAUGUUGGAAACAACUGCAAAUUUUCUCAUCGUAGUUUUGCAGUUUUCCAUCGCGUACAAGAAAAAACAGGAAAAAUAA